AGGUGUCUGGGAUGGGAGCAGACACUGACUCCUCGCUGUCCCCUCUCUGGGACAUGGACAGCGCCGACUACGAGUGUGAUUGUCCUGGUCCUCCUCCACCUGUGUUCCACUUGCCACCGCCGCCGAGGCCGCCUUUCCUCCACGAGGUCGCAGAUUGUACCGAGACUCCUAUGGAGAUCGAGACCUGCGACGCAAUGACUGUGAUAGACGCUAACGAGUACCACAGCAGCCCUGCCAUGCCGCCCCUUGUUGUUAUAGUGAUAUGUGCGCUCCUCAUCAUUUCCUUGCUGCUCGUAGCCACCGCUCUAGUCUGGAAGCACAAAAAGAAGAUGCAGAACUUGUUGCCGUGCAAGAGUUCGCCACAGAACCGCUGUGACGUCACUCAUGGUAAUGGUGUCAUAUAUGAGGAUCUGACCAACAUCAGGCCUCGCAAUCUGCCUCAGCCCUCCAUGGAGAUGCUAGAUGUCAAGUCCAGGGGCAACUUUGCCAACCACUGUGCAUACCCUGUGAUAAACCACUCUCACUCCCCUGUGUUCAUCUGUCCCCCACGGCCAGACCAGUACACCUCACAGGAUCUCUACAACCCUGUCUACGAAGAGCUUUCAAAUGGUUCAGGAGAGAGAGGGGAGUCUGAAGGAGACAGUGAGGGAGGUCCCCGUAGUGAGGACGAGUUUGCGGAGGAUGAGCUGAGUGUCGGAGAAGGUGGUGGACGUCGCGGCGGACCUGUGUCCCCGACCAGCUCUCUACAAGGGUCCACCGGCAACGAUCUGUGUCGCGACAUAGACUCAUCAGACGCUGACGACCGCAGUCGCUUUCUGUGUAGUAGAAACCUAAGUUUACCUCCGGGACAUAGAAAUAGAGUGCCUAGGUCUCAUAGAGGUCAGAGCGGACACAGACCUAGGAGUUUGGACAGGAGACGGGGUGGCGGAAACUGGCGAAAUAAAGGACCGGAGUGCGGUGAAUUUCACGAAGGACUUUUACUGGACGCUCUGUUGCAGUUUUAUCCAAAUGUAGUGGGGGUGAACCAGGGGGGUAUAAACCAGCCUCAACCGCACGAUCCCCACAGACUGCCUUACAUCCUUCCCGUCCCUAACCCAGGCCCGACUCACGUCAACCCGUACGAGAGUGUUCCUGUGCUAAGCCACCUCCACCAGCACCAUCCCAUGACGACGUUCCGGCCCAACAAGCCUACGAGUCACGACUCAGACUCCGGGUACAGCAACAACACUUCGGGUGGAGGGCAGGGCAGCACCCGCGGGCGCAAGGACCACAGACUGUCAACACACGCCUCAGACCUCGUACUCUCAUAGUACACGACACACCCCAACAUCCAUCAACAGUUCUUCCUUCCAUGCGAUAUAAGACUGCGAUCUUUAGAAACUGUAGAAAUAUUCUCAAAAAUAUCAUUUUUACCAAUUUCUUAGAGUGUUUAUUCAAAUUAUUGUAUUGAAUUUUAUCUUGGUUAUUGUUCUUCUUAAUUAUUGUUAUAUAUUUUACACUUUACAUUUAAAAAGCGCUACAAAUAAUAAAAUAUGUAUUUAAAAGAAUGAUUCUCAUUGUGAACAGGUAUCUUUCCAAAGCAAAUCUACUAAACUGUAUUAGGUACUAUCAUAUUGAGUGUGUAACAUUUUAAUUUGUGUAUAGUGUACAGUUAAAUGAAUGUAAGUAUAUUUUUGUAUAGUAGAUUUGUUACUGAAGAAAAAACCUUUCUUUAAAUUUUUAUUUUAUCACAGUUUAGUAGAUUUGAAACUUAAGACAGUAGCCUACUGAAUAAAAAAUUAUAUUUUUUAGAACUCUACAUUUAAGAG